AUGAAAUUUAUCAUAUUCAAAUAUUUGAUCGUCUUUUAUUCAUUCUUAACCGUAGCUUAUGCUAUGGGUGAAGGAUAUGAAGAGUUGACUGCUUAUUCAGGUGAUAGUUUGGGUGACUAUAAUGUAUAUUUUAUUGACAUCGAACCAAUUACGGUUGAACCAAGAGAAUUUCGUGACUUUAAUGCUGACAUUGACCUGAUAGUUAUAGAGUGUAUUAACUUUUGGAAUCUUACUACAGCUGUUGAGAUUAAAGGUAAUGGUGAAUAUUUAUAUUCAUUACGUUCAGAUGAUGAUGAAUUUGAAUAUUCUGAUGGAACACUUGAUUACCUUCAUGAUUCUGAAUUUUUACUGUUUAACUGUCAAUCUUAUUAG